AUGGCUUGUUCUGAGGAGCAAGGAGGUGUCCCCUGUGGCUUCAUCCGCCAGAAUUCUGGCAACUCCAUGUCUUUGGACUUUGAGCCGGACGCAGAGUACCAGUUUGUGGAGCAGCUGGAAGAGCGCUACAGAUGUGCCUUCUGCCGCUCAGUGCUUCACAACCCCCACCAGACGGGCUGUGGGCACCGCUUCUGCCAGCACUGCAUCCUGUCCCUGAGAGAAUUAAACGCAGUCCCACUCUGCCCUGUAGAUAAGGAGGUGAUCAAAUCUCAGGAGGUGUUUAAAGACAAUUGCUGCAGAAGAGAAGUCCUCAAUUUAUAUGUAUUUUGCAAAAAUGCUCCUGGAUGUAAUGCCAAGAUUAUUCUGGGACGAUACCAGCAGGCUCCCCCUGCCACUGCCCUGCUCAGUGGGUCCCCACUGGCUUGUUGUUAUCUGUCGCAGGACCACCUUCAGCACUGCUUAUUCCAAGCUGUGCAGUGCUCUAAUGAGAAUUGUCGGGAGCCAGUCCUUCGCAAAGAUCUGAAAGAGCAUUUGAGCGCAGACUGUCCGUUUCGAGAGGAAAAAUGCCUUUAUUGCAAAAAGGAUGUGGUAGUCAUCAAUCUACAGAAUCAUGAGGAAAACUUGUGUCCUGAGUACCCAGUAUCUUGUCCCAACAAGUGUUUGCAGAUUAUUCCAAGAACUGAGGUGGAUGAACACCUUGCUGUGUGUCCUGAAGCUGAACAAGACUGUCCUUUUAAGCACUAUGGCUGUACUGUAAAGGAUAAACGAGGAAACCUGCAGGAGCAUGAGCAUUCAGCCUUACGGGACCACAUGCUUCUGGUUUUAGAAAAGAACUUCCAGUUAGAAGAACAGAUUUCUGACUUAUAUAAGAGCCUAGAACAAAAAGAAAGUAAAAUCCAGCAGCUAGCAGAAACCGUAAAGAAAUUCGAAAAGGAGUUCAAGCAGUUUGCACAGUUGUUUGGCAAAAAUGGAACUUUCCUUUCAAAUAUACAGGUUCUUGCCAGUCACAUUGACAAGUCCGCUUGGCUAGAAGUUCAGGUGCGUCAGUUAUUACAAAUGGCUAACCAGCAACAAAGUAAAUUUGAUCUGAGGCCUUUGGCGGAAGCGAUUGAUACAGUGAAACAGAAAAUCACCCUGCUAGAAACCCAUGAUCAAAGAUUAGUUGUUUUGGAAGGGGAGACUAACAAACAUGAUGCCCACAUUAAUAUUCAUAAAGCACAGCUGAAUAAAAACGAAGAGCGAUUUAAGUUGUUAGAAAGUGCCUGCUAUAACGGAAAGCUCAUCUGGAAGGUGACAGACUACAAGCUGAAGAAGAAGGAGGCGCUGGACGGACACACAGUAUCCAUCUUCAGCCAGCCCUUCUACACCAGCCGGUGUGGCUACAGGCUCUGCGCUAGAGCGUACCUGAAUGGGGACGGGUCCGGGAAGGGGACGCACCUGUCGUUGUACUUUGUGGUGAUGCGAGGGGAGUUUGACUCACUGUUGCAGUGGCCAUUCAGGCAGAGGGUGACCCUGAUGCUUUUGGACCAAAGUGGCAAAAAGAACCACAUUAUGGAGACCUUCAAGGCUGACCCCAAUAGCAGCAGCUUUAAAAGACCCGAUGGGGAGAUGAACAUUGCCUCUGGCUGUCCACGCUUCGUGGCUCAUUCCACUUUGGAGAAUGCCAAGAACACCUACAUUAAAGAUGACACCCUGUUCUUGAAAGUAGCUGUGGAUUUAACUGACCUGGAGGAUCUCUAA